AUGUCAUCUGGUUUAAAAUAUCAUGAGCACAAUGACUUCCGAUUUACCUGCCGCCAUGGGAACCGGGAACUCUGUACUGAGCCUAGCGCCGAUUUUUUUGUCUUCAACAACAUUCGAACUGUGAAAAAUGACCGGAGGACGAAUAUUGACGACUUCUGUCAGAAACACGGCGUUUCCCGUACCCAGAUACUCCGCUCUUUUUGCCAUUCUGUGGGUAUCCAGUUGUCCCUUCGGGAGUAUCCCCUCCAACCUCCAAACGGCGCGAAGCACCACCAACGCCCCGUCUUCACCCUCGAGGACAUCACCAUGCUCUUCCCGUUGGUUAAACACCUUCACCCACACGCGACUGAUGCCUACACCUUCUUCAACACUGGGCAGGCUCGCAUUUCUGCCGGUUACCUGCAGGAGGGCUUCGAACUCAUCUCUGAGGCGUUGAACCUGCUGAACACCGUAUACGGUCCACUUCAUCCAGACAUCGGUGCCUGUAAUCGCCUGCUUGCGCGUCUCUCCUACGUCCUGGGCGAACACGAGGCCGCAUUACUCUUCCAACAGCGUGCUACGAUGAUCAGCGAACGCGUGCAUGGCAUUGACAGUCCUAGCACGGCCGCGGAAUAUAUCCAUAUGGCCUUGUAUUGCUUCGCUUGUGGUCACAUCCAUCCAGCCUUCCAGCUGCUGUAUCGGGCUCGAUAUCUGGCUUUACUCUGCCACGGUGAAGAUCACCCAGAAGUCGCUCAGAUCGAUGUGAACAUCAGUCUCAUGCUGCACGCCGUGGAGCAGUUCGACACUGCAGUGCUCUUCCUUGAGAAUGCCCUCCGAUUCUACGGUCCGAAGAGUCUGAAGGUGGCCUUCAACUGCCACCUGCUGAGCCAGACGCACGCCUACCGCGGCGACUUCCGCUCGGCACUGGAUUUUGAGAAGCAGCGCUACUCCAUCUACAAGGAGCGCUUCAGCGAUGACAGCGAUUACACCCGUGACAGCGAUGAGUGCCUGCGCACUCUCACC